AUGCCCCCUAAGCGGAAGAGGUCUGCUGUAGCGGCUGCGGUCCCUACGAUAGAGGAAGCUCCUCCCACAGACCGAUCACAUAUGCGCCGAACAGACGUGCCUUUGCCUACCAAUAUCGCAAAGCCACCACGUCGACAAACGACGCGUGGGGGAAAGGCCGAGAAUACUAAUCCUAACUCCAACCCUGACAUCCUGGACGGAGUCACUGCAUUACGCGCAUCGCCUGAUGCAGAUGAAGGCGCGGAUGCUGUUCUGGAAUCUGCCGUCAGCAAUGGCAUUGCCAAUGAAGCCAGUACUGCACCAGAUGCGACCACGAAGAACAAGAAGCUUUCACCACCUGCCGCAAAUGGUGAUGCGCCCGUAGCAAAUGGCGCCGCCCCUGCAGCGAAUGCUGCAAAGAACAAGCGAAAGAAGGCCGAAGCGCAGCAAAUCAAAGUGGAAGAGGAUGACACCAACACAGGCGCUGUGAAUGGCGUCGUGGGGAAAACCACCGCUUCUGCAGCCAGCGCCGGGGUGUCUGGCGAUCCCGACGACAUUGAUAACCUAGAGGCUGAAGACGAGGACGAGACAGAGGUCAAGGAAGCCCUGUCGAGACCCCCACCGGUCAAUUCUGAAUACCUUCCUCUUCCAUGGAAAGGGCGGCUAGGCUACGCCUGUCUUAAUACGUACCUCCGUAGUGCUACCCCUCCCGUCUUCAGCUCGAGAACCUGUCGUAUCGCGAGCAUCAUUGAACAUCGCCAUCCCCUGAAGGACCCCUCGCAGCCCGAACAUGCCACUAAGAAUCGCCCCGAUAAGGAACAACCAGCGGAUGUCGCGCGGGGAAUGAGAUAUGUGGAAGAGAUAGGCCUCGCCAAUGCGCGGGAUAUCAUCAAGAUGGUGCGCUGGAACGACAAGUACGGCAUCAAGUUCAUGCGCUUGAGUAGCGAGAUGUUUCCGUUCGCAAGCCAUGACGAGUACGGCUACAAGCUUGAGCCUUUCGCUGGUGAGACAUUGCGUGAAGUAGGCAAAGUGAUCAGCGAGUUGGGUCAUCGAGUGACUACUCAUCCGGGCCAAUUUACACAGUUGGGCUCGCCGCGGAAGCAGGUCAUCGACAAUGCAAUGCGUGAUCUGGAGUACCACGACGAGCUGCUUUCUCUUCUGAAGCUUCCAGAGCAGCAGAAUCGCGAUGCUGUCAUGAUUCUACAUCUUGGUGGAGCAUAUGGCGACAAGCCGGCGGCCAUUGAGAGAUUCAAGGAGAAUUAUGCAAAGCUUCCUCAGAGCGUCAAGAAUCGUCUGGUGCUUGAGAACGACGAUGUUGUGUGGUCGGUGCAUGAGUUGUUGCCUCUAUGCGAAGAGCUCAACAUCCCGUUCGUGCUCGACUACCACCAUCACAACAUCAUCUUCGACGCAGAGCAGAUUCGUGAGGGUACGAAAGACAUUAUGGAUCUCUACCCACGUAUUCUUGCGACGUGGAAAAAGAAAGGAAUCACCCCUAAGAUGCAUUACUCUGAGCCUACACCUGCUGCGAUUACUCGCACGACACGGAGAAAGCAUUCACCUCGCGUCAUGACAUUACCUCCUUGCCCUGACACCAUGGACUUGAUGAUAGAGGCGAAAGACAAGGAGCAAGCAGUGUUUGAGCUUAUGCGAACUUUCAAGCUUCCAGGAUUUCAUACUUUCAACGACAUUCUGCCACAUACGCGUCAAGACGAGAACAAGCUCUGGAAGCCCAAACCUAAGAAGGCUGUAAAAAAGACCAAGAAGAAGAAGGUCGACGAACUUGACGAACUGGAUGUGAAGAUAGAAGAGGAAGAGCCAGAGGACGUACCCCCGCCUAUCGUACCCGACGAGGAAGUGGGUAUGGGAGGACCAGAGGGAAGAGUGUACUGGCCUCCGGGUAUGGAGGACUGGCUCAGACCCCCAAAACGCAUAAUCAAGAAGAAAGAAGACGGCGCCGCUACACCCGCGAAGAAGAAGCGCAAGACCGCCGCUGACGCGGCGUCUGUAGCAAGUGAAGCUGCUCCACUUGAGGAUGUCAAGACGCCCAUCAAGACACCAGCCAAGAAAGCCGCACCGGCUAAGCGAGUAGCAGCAGGUUCGACUAAGAAGAAGGCAGCAGCAAAGCCCGUGCCAACACCUUCAGCUUCCGAUGAAGAGGAAGAUCAGCUUAGCUCACCCCCACUUAGCGAUGUAGGGAGCGAGGACGAGGCUCCUGUUGUGCAGAAGCGAAAUGCACGGCCUCUUGCGACACGGAAGAAGUCUGGCAGGGCUACGGCCCAGGUCAGCUACAAGGAAGAAGCGGACGAAAUGAGCAUGUAG